GAUCUUCCAUUUUCAGUUUUUUUUUAAAAGCUAUUUUGAUGUGACAGCUCACGCUGGCUUCAUUUUGAUUGCCUAGAUAGCCACCGGUGACGGUGCCACCAUGUCACCCCAUGACUGCUGCCAACAGCCGACAAGCACAAUAAUUUUGGGCGUCGCCCACUCUUCUAAUAAGCAUCCAGUAAUCCCGACCAUAGAGUUAGAUACCAUUGGGUCGAAGUAGUGGAAUUACACAAGUUAUCAACAAUGAGCGACGAGAAUAAGAAGGAAGAUGACAAUGGGAAGGAGAGCGAAGUGGAUAUCCCCGACUUUAGGCCUCCACCAGCCUUGGAUUUGGAUUUGCGUUUGGGGGUGGCGGCCAUUAUGAAGAAGCUACAGCUCAAUUUGGAAUGUGAUGGUGUCUUGCUGAGAAACUGUGAUUCGAAUACGGGUUACAUGGCCAAGAAUUUCGACACACUAGAGGGAAUGCAAGAACUGCUGGCGAUUUUCGAAGCAGUAGCCUUGCUCCCCAAGUUGACCAAUUUCCAAGUACACUUUGCCCGUGGAGCAUCUCCCGACAAGCCUCAUCGAUUGCCAUCGCAACUGCUGAGUAUGGUGAUUAAUCAAUGUCUCGAUUUGACGUAUGUGAGAUUUCAAGGAAUCAUGAUGUCGGAUGCCAAUGGCAAGUACGAAGGAUUGGCCAAUUCACUGCGGAUGCAUCCAAGUUUGAUACGCAUUCAUUUCAUUGUCUGCGCGCCUGAAGAGGGAUUGACAUUGGAUCCACUCUUGGCUGCAUUGCCGGGGAUUCCCACGUUGCAAGAAGUAGACCUCGUCGACUCGACCAUGACGAGUCCUUCCAAAAAGAAAGUGUGGACGGGAGAUACACUGCUCCAUCUGGCCCUCUCGAAAAACUUGUCCAAAAUUCGAUUGAGUUGUAUUCGACAUUUGCUCGAUACACACAUGCAGGCGAUGGCUCUUGCACAUGAAAAGAGUGAUACCCUCCGUGUGCUUGUCAUUGAAGGAGAAGAUGAUGAGGAUUCUGAGUUCAACGAGGACGAAGACGAUUUGUACAAGGACGAUGUUCCAGCCGAAACCGAGGAGGAAAAGAAGAAGAAGGAAAAGAAAGAAAAGAAGAAGAAGAAGAAAAAAGAACUCGUCAACAAGAAAAAGUCCAUUAAGGAAUCAGACAAUCCCACCAACAGGGAAGAAAAGAAGAAAAGCAAAAAGGACAAGAAAAAGGAAAAGAAGUCUAAAUCAGACUGGUCUUCGGCAACAGCACCCAAUGGAAACACCUACUACUACAACAAAAAGACGGGGGAAACAACAUGGACCAAACCACCCGAUUUAUAGAGUGAGGAGAGACAACAAUACAUUCUUACCAUGUCUUGCUUGUUGUUAGCUUGGUUUCCUGGCUGUACUUCUUCCUUAUAACGGAGUGAGGAAUCAGAAUGAAGAUGACAAUGUGAUUGGCACUUUUGAUAGAGACACUGAUUGGAAAAAGAAGGUGUUCUCGGUGGGGUAGGCCAUGGAGGAUGGGAUCAUCAAGCAAUUCUCCUCCGCAAUGGCAAGGGAAAAGGCAAUACACGGGUACCUUCGAAUGAUCCAAGCUUGAAACCCUCAGAAUCCUGUCUUCCUGUGGGAGAAUCUUGUUCCGCUGAGGAGUGCUGCAACAAAUGCGUCUGCACAACGCGCUACCGAUGCACAUGAUCGUUUCUUGUUCCAGCAAAGAGCAAUGAGUGAAAUAGCACCCCCAAUUCGGGAAUAUGUGUACCACUGCCAUGUUUG